UAUAAAAUUUCCAAAAUGUCAGGUCGCGGCAAAGGCAAAGCUAAGGGCACCAAGUCCAAGACUCGUUCAUCCCGUGCUGGGCUCCAGUUCCCCGUCGGUCGUAUCCACCGUCAUCUGCGCAAAGGCAACUACGCCGAGCGUGUUGGUGCUGGCGCUCCGGUCUACAUGGCCGCCGUGCUCGAGUACCUGAGCGCUGAGAUCCUCGAGUUGGCCGGCAACGCUGCCCGCGACAACAAGAAGACAAGGAUCAUCCCCCGUCACUUGCAGUUGGCUGUCAGGAACGACGAGGAGUUGAACAGGCUGCUCCACGGUGUCACCAUCGCUCAGGGUGGUGUGCUGCCCAACAUCCAGGCCGUGCUUCUGCCCAAGAAGACCGAGAAGAAGCCCAAGGCAUAAGCAGUUUCUAAUGCUUUACAAAACAACGGCUCUUUUAGGAGCCACCAAAUGACACGAAAGUCGUUGCCAACGUGCAGUCUGUUUUCCUCACCUCCCACUCGCAUUUUAGGUGUUUUUAUAAGGAUAAUUGAGAAUAGAAAUUUCCACCAAAAACGUGAGCGAUUAGGAGCAAAGGUGUCUGUUUCCCGCCAAAAUCCGUUAGUUUUUAGCGUAUUCAUUUACAAAUUCUCAGCCAAUCUAUUUUUCAAUAGACAUUCAUUAUUAUCGACAUACAUUAUAACAGUCUCCAUGAAGGGCGGUAGAAACAUUGUUAGGCUAGAUUCUGAUAAUAAACCACAAAAUUCCCUCAUAAACUUGGGUGAAAUGUGCCUUUACGACGUGUAAUGUGUGUUUACAACGCGCUCUCCGUGUUUGAUUAGAAAACCCGGUCAACAGGUCAAGUUACGUUGCGUAAUCUGAGCUACUACCCCAUGGUACGCAAACUGCCGACGCGCUAGCCGAAAUGACCGAGAUGGGCCGACUAAGAAAAUGUCUCCAAAAUGGCGACCAGAGAAUAGCGAAUAAUUUGCUGCAGGAAAAUCAACCUUAUGCAAAAGUGGCAAACGGAGGAAUACGUUCAAAGACGCUUGUAUUUAAUGGGUUGGCUUGGCUGGUUUGCCUCGAAGAUUCGAUGAGAUGUUUGGAGGAGUUUGUUCGACGCAUAACCGCAGACAUGCUCAUAUUGGUCAUCUUUUAUAAUUUCUCAGCGGUGUUCAGAACAAACUGACACUCUUGGUAAUGACUUAUUUUAGCUGUUUCAAUGUCAAAUUUAGUUUCAAAUUUUAUAUUAAAACGUUUAGUUUGUUGGCGAUGAUAAAUUUUUCCAUGAAAGAAAUAAGCACAUAGAAACACUGCAGCUUUUGUUUUGUUUUUAACUGUAAUUGUUUUUCGGAAUGCUCAGUUCCACCUUGUCCUCAUGUUCCACCUUUGUCCUCAAUAGCUAGUUGAUAAUCUUAUCCGGGUGUUGUUUUAGCAAUAAAGUGUUAGUAUUUGAAGCAUUUUCAAAUGGCAGCCCAGCUUCUUUCAAAGGGAACAACCUUAGGUCUGAAAUAAUAAAACUACAGUAUUUGAUAUUUUUUUACUCAAAAAGUUUGGAUAAGUCUUCUGAAGGGGACACAAAAAGUCCAAGUUCUUGAUCUGGAAAUUUAAACCAUUUUGCUUUUGAUAUAAACCAAUGUUUGAGCUUAUGUUGUUCUCAAAGAAAGCAUUUCUUUGUAAAUCCUGGCUAUGCAAGGGUGAUCAAUGUAUGAUGCACUACAUGAGGCUAACAUCAACUAAUCACUGAAUUUGUAUUUUAUUUUCAUUGUUGCCACUACAUUUACCCUUAGAAAUCACUCCAGUAUAUCCCAAGUUGCCCUUGUCUUUGCCCUUCGCUUUAACAGAUCAGGUGAUUGUAUAAAGGCUUUUAUCAGACCAUUUUUGUGUCACCCCUAUAAUCUCACAGAGAGCUUCAUGUGCUGGUAGCGAUAGAAAGAAAUAGUUAAUGGUCAAAAUAUUAGACUGUAGUGUCUGGUAGGAAUAGAUGGGAGACGAUGAUGACAUUUCAAUUAGUUUAUGUUAUGCGAGAGUUGAAAGCUUUACUAAAGAAUAAUGUUAUCAAGCAAGUAAGCAGGCCUGUAGCUAGGUGAAAAAGAGGAAUUUGGUCUAACCCACUUUACUGGGAGUUGUGUUCAAAUGAAAGGUAAAUUAGUAUCACUGUAGGCUAAGGGGAACUGGGAUACCUAGGUAGUACCACUGCAACAGAAGAAACCUGAGAGAAAAAUGGUUUGUUGAAAAGCAAAACUUAACCUAAAAAAAUUCUGGCUAUAACGGCCCAUGAUUUUCAAAAUAAAUCCCACCAGGGUAAUGUUUUUCAACAGCUACUCUUGUAAAACAAUGAACCCCUCCCCCAAAUAAAAAAAAAUAUAAAAAACACCAUUAUGCAAACUUCACUGUAGUAAAUAAAAUACUGCUCAAGUAGCUUCGGAGACCUAACAAAAAACUCAUUAGAUACAUUCGUUUAGUAUUCUACAGGAUUGAUCAAAGGAUUCUAUAACAAACAAC